AUGAAGUUUCUCACUAUUCGAGUUGAAGGCGCUAUGCAAAAUAUUUUGUCUACUGAACCUCUCCAAAAAUUAUGUGUCGAAUUAUUUGGCCCAUUGCCCACGGCGUGGGAUGUGAAUAAAUAUAUUUUUGUUGUCCUCGAUAAUUUUACUAGGUUUGUGUGCCUAUAUCCCAUGAAGAAAGCAACUGCUUUAAUAGUAACUAAUCGCAUGAUGGAUCAAUUUGUAAAAGUCCACGGAAAGCCUACCACUAUUGUCUCCGAUCAUGGAGUACAAUUCAUCAGCCGCGUUUGGCAAAGUCGACUGACCGAGUUAGGUAUUCAAGUAUCAACCACCAGUGUAUAUCAUCCCCAAAGCAAUCCGUCCGAAAGAGUAAUGUGA